AUGUCAUUCGAAUUUGAAGGCCAAAUUAUCGAAGAAGUCGAUCACAACGUAUUCUGUGAAGCCAAGCAAAUGAGAAAAAGAGCAGAAGAAGACGCAAAGCUCCUCGCAAACCGCAUUGCUUUAUUAAAAGCUGAAGAGGCCAAAGCUCUCAAGAAACUUGAAGAAACUCGCCAACAAGCCUCAAAAAUCAUUGAGUCUAAAGCAAAAAUCCAAGAAGCACAGCAAAAAAGAGAAGAAGAACGCAAAGCCAAAGAGGAAGAAGAAAGAAUUAGAGCUUUAGAAAAACGAAACCAAAAAAGCCUUGAAAGGCAGUUAAAAGACUUCAAAACAAUGUCGCUUAAAAGCCGUGUUCAAAAUGAAGUAAAAGUACUCAAGCUAAAAAAACAAGAAAAUUUGGAAAAUAUUGAAAGCCAAAAGCAAGAAGAAAAAGCAUAUAAAAUGUCUAUAAAGCAGAGGGUCAUUGAAAAGAAAAGAGAAGCGGAAGAGAAAAAACGCAGAAAAGAAGAAGAAAAAAGAGAAGCACAAAAAAUGGAGCUUGCUAACUCAAUCUUCUGUGAGUUGAUUUCGUUCAAGGAGAGGGGUUUUUUAAAAAUGAUUGUAUCAAAGUUUAAAAAUUCCAAUUUACAAAAGUGAAAAAUGCAGUUAGCAAGCCGUUUAAAAUUCGACAGAAUCAGCAAGAAUUUUUAUUAUACCUGCUCACCGAGUUUUUUUUUUUUCAAAAAAAGGAGGAUCUCUAACGGUUUUGCCGCUUACAGACGAUGGAGUAAGAAAAUUGAUGAUUAAGGUUAAGUUCGAAGCGCUAUCCCCAUACCUGCCUUUUUUACUCCCUGCAUCAUCAAAAAAUGGUGACAUAGGAGGUCUCUCGGGAGAUUGCUCCUUGGUCCCAGCAAGCAACAAGGCUCCCUAAGCCUCCGACAAGGCUCAGAGUAUGGUUGGACCACUUUGCCUCCUCCUACCCUCUAAGCCGCAUUAAGACUCGGUCAUGCUCCCAUAGAGUGCAGAGGGACAUUGCUCAGGAAGGUAAGCCUGCAAGUAAGGAAAAAAGGCCAAGGUUCAACUCUGGACAAAAAAACCCACCCAAGAGAACCAUUGUCAUGUGGCUCUCUCCUCUAGCCCGAAUCAACUCUUGGAUCACCAGAGGCCACGCCAUCCCUCCAUAUAAAUAAUUCUGAAAAUUGAUGAAGAAAACGAGAUAAGAAGAUUUAAAGAAGAUGAAAUCAAACAAAUGGAGCAAGAAGAGCUUGAGCUUAUCCAGAAGUUACAAAACACCCAGCAGAUGCAAAGAAGCGCUUAUGAUGAGCUUGAAGUCGCUCUUACAGGAAGAUAA